CCAGUGAGCAGGUCGAUGCGACGGCACAUCCACGCAUUGACAGAACCUCAAUCGCGACGACGCUGAACUCCACCACAACCAUACGCGCGCCGUUUUCUCUUGGCUACACACUUAAGAGCUUGCCCAUUUUCUAUGCGAUAGUAUUGCAAUAUUUGGAUCUUCUGCGUUGCUUGACGCAAUUGUCCCUUGAGAGUUACAUUCGUUUAACCUUGUUUGACACGGGCCCUUGAAAAGCUACCCAGAUGGCGCCCGGUGUAAGUUGUCAAUCCCCAUCUACGUAUUAGGGGGCGGCUAACCCAAGGGAUGUCAAAGUAUCGGACUGCAACCCAAACUCGCCGGGGUAACCGAAGUGGUUUCCCAGAACACGAUGACUUCGAAGGGUUGCCUGUGCGACAAUGGCGCCAGGAGUGGGUGAACAUCGCCCCCCCUCCUCCACUCGAGGCCACUCAACAGAACGAUCGCUGGGCCGUCGAGCUUCCACACCGCAUGCCAAAGGACUGGCAGCUGCUUCCUCCGCACAGCCAGGAGCUCCUUCGCGCAGCUCGCUCCGGACGUUUGUAUAAGCGGCCUGCUCCAGCAGAAGAGGAAGAAGCCGAGGUUGAGGGCGUCGAAAAGGCAGAGAAGAAAGAGGACCCUGCCACUGUUGGCUUCGCGGUCAAACUCUGGAAGCAGAUUCCGCGCAACGUCGAAGGACCUGCUAUCUCGCAUCUCGCAAAACGGCAUAAACAUACCGUUACACUGUCCUCCAAAGCUGUCACUACACAGCUUACUGGCCGAACGGUGACAAGGGCAACGGUUCGCCGUAUAGAUGCUGCUGGUAACCCUUAUGACCAGACCGUCACGCUAGUCGAUGGACAACAGGUUGAAGGCGAGAUCAUCUCCACAACGGUUGUUCCGGCGCCCUCAGCUCUUGGUGGCGGUGCCGCGCUCCAACAGCCAACUCCUGUCAGGAGAAGACCUCCUCCUCCCAAGAGAAAGGCCAAAGGUCCAGGUCGUGGUCGCAAGAAGGGCAAACUGCCUCUUCCUCCUAGUACCCGCCCGGCACAGGAAGAGACGGGUCUUGAAAAGGCUGCGGAUAUAAAGGUAGAGUCUACUGGGCUCGAUGGAGUCAAGACCGAAAAUAACGACGACACCGUGAACCAGGACAGUGAGAUGGCGGAUAACUCAGCCAUGCAGUCGGAUGACGAGGAGGGUGAUGAAAGAGAAGGCGACGAAGGCGAAGAAGGAGAGGCUGAAGAAGGCGAAAGAGACGCCGGCGGUGACGACGAGGGGCGCGACGAGACCUCCAUGAUGGAAACUAGCAUCGAUCAAGAGCAGCAAGAAGACCGCGACCAGGAGAUGGAAGAUUCGGAUGUGCCCGGCCCGAUUCAGCCAACGGUCGCGGAGCCUGGUGAGGAGGCUAUUCGGCAGGAAGACCAUCUAGACGCCAAGCUCCAGCCAACCUCAGAGACCUCGCUAAACCUUGGUCCACCGAUGCAUCUUGCGUUGCAGAGGCACGAGGGUAGUCCGCUGAAAAACGUGGUUCUUCAAUCACCAACAGACCCCUCGCCAAUGAUUUCACCGGCCGCGCAGUCCAUGGGGGUCCUUGGGUUUCCCAAUGCCCAUAUUUCUCCAGAAGUUGGUGAAGGAGCCAGCCAGUCUGGAGGUGCAGAAAAUGAGACAUUCCUUGCAGAAACAACGGCGGCAAGCAGCGUUGAGGAUCCGCCGAUGGACUUAGAUGCCAACGGAUUCUCCGUCAUGGAUACAGAUUUCGCCCCUCAACCGCUCUCUCCCAACGGAGAGGUCAGCGGAAAUUUGUCUGAGACACCCCUUUCAGGCAUGUUUGGGGCGGAAGAACUCGGUGUGUCGGCUGAACCCCAAAUUGCGGAUACUCUGCCUGAGAGUCCUGGUAUAGGGCCCGUGAUAGGAUCCAACUCCGAACAGCAAACUAAAUCUCCUACGCCCGCACUCCAGGAAACUCCAGCGACAGAACAGCUAGCAGCUGAUGCGCUUCCCGCGACUGAACCAGAAGUGCCUCCCUCUGUGGAACAGCCGGAAAUAUCAGAACCACAACCUAGUCCGGGUGAGAAAGCCGGUCCUUCACCGCCAGCAACCGCAGGUGAGGACGAUGGGCUGGACUUGCUCGGCGGCUUAGAGCGCGAGCUAGAUCGUCAAGCAGCAGUUUCCAGCGAGGAUGCGACACCCGCUGCAACUGCAACCGCGGCAGCUGAUCCGGAAACCGAACCUGGUGAAGAAACUCGAGGCCCGGAAGAAAUACCCUCGACCCCUGUCGGUGGUGAUUUUGAGGCCACAGCCGUGGAGGAUUCGGGCAUUGAUGAGCAGAGCAACGAUAACAAUGCCGAGCAGUAACGUUAUUGUAUUCGUAGGCGUACGGUUCUUUGGGUAUUGGGCACAACAUGGCCUAGUCUUGGGUCAUAUGGAAACUUAGGUAGGUAGGUAGUUGGGUACAUAGGUAACUUGGAUAG